AAAUGGCUCUCCUUCUCCGGUACUUUUCAUCGUCCUUACUUAAUUUGCCAGCCCUUUCUUUCGCUGAUGCGGAGGAAAUCGCAGCGGCUGAUUCAUCCACCAACAAACGUAUGAAAGGAUACAAGUUCUUCCACGAAAAAUAUAUCCACCGCUAUCAAGAGCAUCAAGGGCUGGAUGACAGAUGACUCUCGUAAAAGCAGCACAGUUGGAUGGCUGGGUGUGUUUAACUGCAGCAGGUUGUUUCCUGGCAGUCUGGAGCAGUCACAGCGCACGCAAGCACAACUCUUUCGCAGCAAAAACUCCCACAUUUCUAUAGUUGAGUAUUUUACUGCAUUCCGUUCUCUGGACCAGCCUGACAAUGGAGCAGACGUGUGAGUCAGUGAGAUUUACAGAGGACAGCAUGAGGCCGGCCAGCAGGAAGCUUUUGGAGCUCCAUGUGCUGUUUGUGCCAGCUGAUCAGUGGGACAUGAAACUCAACAAGGUCCCAGCUGAAGCCACAGAGGGCUUUGUUUCUGCUGGCUUCAUCAGGGUUUAUCCUGAAACCACCCUGCAGACUCUGAGGGGUGAGCUGGCCGCUCUGCUUGGCACUGAGAGGAGCAUCCAUAAAUUCUCCUUCCUGAAAUGCGUGGGCCGCAGUCUGGCGCUGGUCAAAGGCAAACAGGAGGCAAAUCUGAAAGUGAAAACAUUCGCCCCACCGUAUGCGGCUCAGCCGGAGCUGUACCUUCUGCCCACAGCAGAGGCAGACAACACUUUCUGCUCUCAGUCCUUCACCAUGGAUUCCAGCAGCAGCUCCUCAGAGCACCAGAUCUGUUUCCACCCUUCCAAGAUGUGCAGCGUGGCAACAGGGACAAAGAAGGCCAUUAAAUUGCCCCACAUCCCCCAGUGUUCCCAGCAACCAGAUCCUGUCUCUGUGCUGGAAGAGGAACAUGAGGAUGAAGAAGAGGAAAGCAGCUGCAGCAGCUCCUCCUCAGAGGAUGAAGCUCCAGGCUUCAUCAGGAGACCAGAGCCGGAGAUCUGUGCAGGGAAACCUCAGAAUCAAAGGGUCCUGAAGCUGAUAGCACUCAGAAAAGUGUUGGAGAUGUGUGAAGCUAAUUCAGCCCAAGCAGUUUGGUCAGCAGAAUCAGAGGAGAGCUGCAGAAAGACAAUAUAUCAACCCGAAGACACACGUUCAGCUGCAGCUGAGUCUCUGGAAGACCACAGUUUAGGCUUUUUGCUGACAGACAGUGUUGGGAACUCUAAGUGCAAAGGUCCAGACAGAGAGAAGACCACCAGAAAUAAACCAACAAGUGGGAUGUCGGAAGAGCCAGCCAUCUUGUCGCAACCUGUUCAGUGCACAGCUUCACCCCGAGGUCCAGACUCCGCCUCCAAUAAAGCAGCUUCUGCUUCGCUAGAUUUGCUCUCCAACAGAGAGGCACUAAUGGAGGAAAUCAAAACGGUGAGAGCGGAGCGGAAGCAGCUGGAGUGGACGAGACAGCAGCUUCUGAGGAAGGGAAAAGACUUGUUGGCUCAGAACCGACACCGCAGGAACCAAGCACGAGACGGCUGGAAAAAGAAAUACUUUGAAACCAAGAAGACCACAGCACCGUUGGAGGAGCAUCUGAGAAACUUGAGGCAGGAACUGGAGCUUUUUCACAACAAAGUUCUGCAUCAGCUUCAAACCAGAGAGAAAGCAAGGCGACAGGGCAGGUUCUCCGAGAAGAAUGAGCUCAUCAUUCAGAUCAUAAAGGAGAGCUAUGAGGUUGACAACCUGAAGAGGAAAGUAGAAGAUGCCAAGAUGAAGCUGAUAACAGAGACAAAGUUGAGGACGCAGGCUGCUGCUGAGCUCAGAGACCUGAAGACCGAACUUGCCCAAAAAAAGAAUCAGUCAUCUCCUUCCUGGAUGGACUGGAAACACAACAUGGGACAAAGCACAAGUUUAAAGCAGCUUCUUCACUGACGUCAAGAGGACUGCUCUUCCUAGCCUUUAAACAUCAACUAACCUGCCGACUAAUACUUGUAUGAAGUGGAUAGCACAAUUUUUCCUUUUGUUUUUGAUGUUCUUUCCGCACUGCAUUUUUUCUACAAUAAUGUAGCACCAGGGAGUCCACUAGAUCAAUUAGUAAAAGCU